AAAUGAUUCUUUUGAGUAGUAGAGUAUAUAGAUGACGAGAGAAUAAUGAAGAGCAAUCAAAAAUCUAUUAAAAUUCUAUAGUUUAAUAAAAAAAUAAAUAAUAAUAUCAUAAAAUGGAUUAAGACAAGGGAAAAAGAUAAUAAUAAGAUUAUGAUUAGAUUGCAACAGAAGAAUUAAAUAAGUUGAGUCUAUCAGGAGGAGAUUUGGUUACAAAUGUUUCUGCAACAUUAUUAAAAUCAGUUUAGAAAGUGUAGAAUGAGGAGAUUAAAUUAAAAGCAUUAUCAAAGUUUCAUUAAACUUUGAGUAAAUUUACAGUUUAGAAUGUUUCAGCAGUAAGAGACUAUGAAAAUAUAUUAGGAAUUACUUUAAAAGUUAUCAAAUGAUAAAUUGUUAAUCUUUUUUGAUUAUGUUAAUUAUUCAUUUGAAUGUUUAAGUAAGGGAACUAAAUUACCAGAAAUGAGUAAUUCAUACAAUUCAACAUUCUUGUUGAAUGUAUAUAAUAAGAUGGUAGAAUUAAGAGGAUUACCAAUUAUUAUAGAGUCAAUAAGUUAGAAGAAAACAUUACCAACACAAAUUAUUACAAUAAAGUGACAUAUAUAAUAAAAC